AUGGCAUGGGUUGAAGUGGACAUAUCGUCCAGUGACUAUGCUCGUAGGCGUAGAGAGCUUAUGGAGAUGAUGGCCGACCUCCGAUCCAUGGGUGCCGACGCGCUGAUCGACAUACCAUCCGUAGUCGUGAUUGGUGGUCAAUCCGCGGGCAAAAGCUCACUCGUAGAGGCCGUUAGUGGGGUGACCCUGCUGUCAUCAGUCACUGCAAGGCGUGCUCACACUACCAUACGCAGAUGCCCUAUGGAAUGUUCGAUGUCCAGUCAUGCCACGUCAUGGUCCUGCACUAUCACCUUACGAAUUUACCCUGAUAAUGGCAGAGACCUGCAAAAGCCAAUUACUGUGUCCUUCGGCCCAACGAUCACCGACAGAAGUGAGGUUGAAGUUUGGCUGCGUCGUGCCCAGGCAGCCAUUCUGAACCCGAACAUUCCUUCUUCGAGUUUCCACACAAAGACCAUCGAGGAACUCAGGAACGCAAGAAAUACACUGAAGUUCUCCCGCAACGUGGUGUGCGUCUCGAUUGAAGACCCCGAUGCCACUGACUUGUCAUUCUAUGAUCUGCCGGGCCUGAUACAAAACGAAGAAGCCGAAACCGUCGCUUUGGUGAAAAGUAUGGCAGAACAUUACACCGAGACAGAGAACACUAUCAUAUUGACCACAAUUCCCAUGAGCUGGUACGUGUAUGAACUACGGAAUUCUUUUUCAUUGUGUUCAUGGGUUCGGUGCCUAGACGAUAUGGAAAAUCAGCAAUCGAUGAGUCUUGCCAGGGCCGCAGAUCCCGAUGGAAAGCGAACAAUUGGUGUACUUACGAAACCUGACACGCUCGGGGUUGGAGCUAUCAACCAGCGUCGCAAAUGGGUAGAAAUUAUCGAGGGCCGUUCGGAGGAGCACACGCUGAGGCACGGUUUUUACUGCGAGUAUUUUGACACGACGUCACCCUGGAGCGACAUGAUCGACCGUCAUCGGUUCGGAAUUCCGGGCUUUGUCUCCGAUGUAAGCCGACUGCUCAUCCAGUUGAUCGAGGAAGCUUUACCGCGCCUCAGAGAAGAUAUCGACAAGCUCCUUGCCAAAUGUAUCAAGGACAUCGAUGCACUACCGCUGCCACUUACAAAUGACCCACAGAUCGAGGUUCUAGAACGGGUCAAUGCGUUCUGCGAUGUCUUCAAGAGCUUUGUGAAUGGCAGUCACGAAGACAAACGUCUUGCGCAGCGGAAUCGCGCUCUCUAUGCCAUUUUCAAGAGGGAUAUACGCGGCACUGUUCCUGACUUCAGGCCCUUUAAUGGACCGGAAGGCUAUGUUUCGCUGGACGAUACUGAGGGGAAGAUGACUCUUACUGUGCGAGAUCCUGGCGUGAAAGCGAUGGGCAUAUAUGACAUCCGCAGGGUUAUCCAUGAGGCAAUUGGAUGGGAGCUUCCGAACAAUGUGCCAUAUCAGGCGAAGGCGAAUCUCAUCGCUCAAUUUACCAAACUUUGGGUUGCUCCGUCUGAGCGCUGUCUCGCUGGUAUCAAUGAUGUGAUUGAUCAAGUCAUCAGCACGCUCAUAAGCAUCCAUUUUGGUCGCUUCAAAGUUCUUGAGGAUUAUGUUGGUCGCCCAACUUACCAGGAAAUGUGUUCAGCCGGGGCCCCCGAUGGCGAACCUGCGGGGGGAUAUGCUGUAGAAAGCGACAUGUCGCCGGGCUAUUGUUCACCAGUGCAAGGGACGCCUGAACAUUCUUCAUCAAAGAAGAUGAAAUCUAACGCAUCGAAGGGUUCAAUGUGUCGAUCAUCUAUUCCCGCUACGCCCCAAAAAUCUGAUAAUUUUUCGGAUUCAAUCAAUCCACACCACCCUGGCUCGAUGUCGGAGACGCCCGAAGCCAAAGCUUUGAGGGCUCUUGCAGAAGCUGGGUAUGCAAAUCUUCGGAUUUCAGAUCUUGCACGUCUGCUACCUCCCGACUCCUUCGAGGAAGAGCUAGUUGUGAUGGCUGAUGUUCGAGCCUAUUAUCACGUUGCGUACAAGCGCAUCGUUGACCAUAUUCCUUUCACGAUCGAGCAUGCUCUCCAUCAUGCCCUGGCGAAACAACUUUCGCAGAGCCUUCUCACGAGCUUGCUGACUGAUGUCGCGUCUGGGUCCAACUUCUCUGAGCGUAUGAGCGAGUUGGUCAGCGAAGAUGCUUCCAUCACUCAGAAACGCGCAAUGCUCUCGACAAGAAAACAACGCUUAUCAGACAUUCGCCAAAGACUCAUGACCUUUAGCAAUGGUACUUGA